AUGUCCGACGAUCAGCGCGAGCUGUCGCGCAUGUGGCGCGUCUAUCGUACCGUCAAGCAAAUGUGUUAUGACAGAGUACGCGCCGGCGCCCUCUCUGCAACUGCAACGCAACUACUAACAGUGACUACAGGGCUACGAACUCACAGAAGACGAAUGCAACAUCUCCCUCGACAAAUUCCGACAAGACUUCGCCGACGACUCCGGUGCCCCUCAGCGCGUCAAAAUGGCCUUCACCGCCCGUCCCGCGGCUGCAAUGACCCAGAAAUACACCCCCCUCCCGAAACCAGGCAGAUCGGAAGAAGAGCGCCAGGCAGAAAUCGGCACCAUUCACGUCGAAUUCUCAGACGAGAUGAAUGUAGGAAUCAAGCAGCUCAAGAACUUCGCCCAGACUCUCAGCGAGAAGAACUUCUACACGGGGGUCUUUGUCACGAAGGUUGCGCCUACGUCUGCUGCGCUGAAGAUCAUCCCGGGGAUUCUGCCCAUCAUCAUGGAGGUGUUCAAGGAGGAGGAUCUGCUGGUGAACAUCAGCAGGCAUGAUCUGGUGCCGAAGCAUAUCCUGUUGAGUUCGGAGGAGAAGAGAGGCUUGCUGGAGAGGUAUCGGUUGAAGGAGACACAGCUGCCCAGGAUCAAGGUGGAUGAUCCGAUGGCAAAGUAUCUGGGUCUGAGAAGAGGACAGGUUGUAAAGAUCAUUCGAAAGUCGGAGACAGCGGGACGAUAUGCCAGUUACCGAUGGGCGAUAUGA